AUGGCGACAACUGCCUCGCAGCCGGCGCCUCCCCCGCCACCACCCCAGCAGGUUGUCGCUGACAAGGAUGAGGCACAAGGUCUGAAGAAUAUUCGAGACUUCCUCAAGGUUCGAACCGGCUACGAUGUUUUCCCUUUAUCCUUCCGACUCAUUGUCCUCGACACCGAUCUACUCAUCAACAAGAGUCUCAACAUUAUGAUACAAAAUUCAAUUGUGUCUGCACCGCUAUGGGACUCUCACACCUCCCGCUUCGCUGGCCUCUUGACGGCCACUGAUUACAUGAAUGUGAUUCAGUAUUAUUGCCAGUUUCCCGAGGAGAUGAGCAAGCUGGAUCAAUUCCGAUUGAGUAGCCUACGAGACAUAGAGAAAGCCAUUGGCGCCGUCCCCAUUGAAACUAUUUCGGUCAACCCUCUCCUGCCCCUUUACGACGCAUGCAAAGGCAUGCUUAAGACACGUGCUCGACGAAUCCCGCUUGUUGAUAAGGACGACGAGACAGGCAGGGAAUGGGUCGUCUCUGUUAUCACUCAAUACCGAAUUCUCAAGUUUAUUGCCGUCAACAACGAGCAUAAUACAGUUCUCCUCAAGCGAACGGUCCGAGAGUUGAAUCUCGGAACAUAUACCAAUGUUGCGACAGCCCAGAUGACUAGCCCUGUGCUAGAUGUUAUCCAAAUGAUGGUUCAUCGCAAUAUCAGCUGUGUCCCCAUCAUCGACAAGGAUAACAGGUUACUCAACGUUUUUGAAGCAGUGGAUAUCAUCCCUUGCAUCAAGGGUGGGGUAUACGAGGAGUUGGCGGGAUCUGUGGGGGAUGCUCUGCUUAGACGCCCGGAAGACAGCCCGGGCAUAUACACUUGCUCAGAGCAUGAUCGUCUUGGUGCUAUCUUUGACACCGUUCGGAAGAGCCGCGUGCACCGACUUGUCGUUGUUGACGACGAGAACAAACUGAAGGGCAUCGUUUCUCUAUCUGAUAUCCUGGCUUAUGUUCUACUCUCCCCGGUGGAUUGA